AAUUUAUAUGCGGAUGUAUCUAUUGAACAUAUUGUUGGGGGGAGGGCUUGUUAGCGGCACAUAACUGGCAUUACAGACCAGUGAACCGUGCAGACAGAGAGAGUACAUCCUUCGCAACAACGCCUUCGAGCGGAGCAGGCUUCGGUGAUUGGACGAGACGAUAGCGCAUAUUACACAGCUCCGGCACAAAGAACGGUGCGGCGCUAAUUGGAGAAAAUGGCGCUGUCGUCUGCCGGAGGAACAAAGAAGAAAGUUUGCUAUUAUUAUGACGGUAAGAUUUUAUGUAAUGUAGCUCAGUGUUGUCCGCGGUAUUAUUUGUUGCGUCGACGAGGAUUUGGUGCUCGAUAAAAGGCUGUUUUUGUUCCACCUUGAAAGAAGUGCCGUAGGCGAGUUAGCUGCUAGACGGCUCCUGUAGCUACCGAGUGGUUAGCUUGCUAGCUGAGUUAGUUGUUAGCUAGCUAUCUACCUGGUUAGGAAGAAUACUUUUGGUUAGCUAGCCAGAGCAACUUGAGAUGGUCGUUUUUUUAUUAUUUUUCAAUGUUGCAAUCAGCUGAAUUGCCGAUAUCUAGCUAACAAGUUUAUGCUUUUAAUUUGCGGCAACUAUGCUAGCUAGCUAACGUCAUUAGCUCGCUAGCUAGCUAGUAAGCUUAUAACCAAGUGUAUAGCUUGCUAAACUAGCUAACGUUAGCUAGCUAGAUAAUGGUUAGUAUGAGUGUCUUUGAAUCACGAACUGAUAUUAAGCUACACCAUUUGUUUAGUAAAGUGGGGUUAUCAUGUAGCUAGCGGUGUUGGAUAGUCAACUUUGUGGGGAAGUAGCGAAUUGUGCGGCGGCGGCGGGGGGGUUUGAGCCAGUAACUCGCGGUGUCUUCCAUGUAGAUUCAGAUCUCUUUGCAGAGGCUGACCAUUUCAUUACUAUUAUAGUUUAGUUGUGUUUCGUGCUGUGUAGUUACCAGGCUGCAUGCGUGAUUCAGGCGUGAUAGUGCUGGCCUGGAACAAAAGCCUGCACUCAAAGCGACAGGUAGCCUAGCGGUUAAGAGCGUUGGGACAGUAAUCGAAAGGUCGCUGGUUCGAAUCCCAGAGCCGACUAGGUUAAAAGCCUGUCGGUGCCCUUGUGCAAGGCACUUAACCCUAAUUGCUCCUGUAAGUCGCUCUGGAUAAGGGCCUACAGCUAAAUGGCCAAAAUGUAAAGACCAGAGCUACCCUACCUCUGGACUAGGAAAUGUGGUUUGUUGUCUCAGUAGUUUGUCUAAACCUCUUUUAUUUUUCCUCUCCCCAGGCGACGUGGGUAAUUAUUACUAUGGUCAGGGUCAUCCCAUGAAACCCCACAGGAUCCGUAUGACCCACAACCUCCUGCUCAACUACGGACUGUACAGGAAGAUGGAGAUAUAUGUAAGUACAACAGUUACAGGGGGUUUAUACACUCAAUUGUAUUUUAUUUAUUUUUACACACAUCCUGUUAGAGUGAUGCACACACAUUCAAGCAUCAAAAAUAAUCCCAAGCUUAAAAUAAGCCUAAGCGUAACUUUUCAGAACGUGGCCAGGAGAUGGGUCUACAGACGAUGGCACAAUACUUCAGAACAUGAUAUAGAUAUAUUGUAUAGAACUGAAGCUGAUACGAGUCGACUCCUUAUUCUUCAACACACUGCUCUACGCUACAGGUCCGAAGUAACAUUCUGUAUAGUUGAGUUGUCCCGAAGUCCUAUAGACUUAUAAAAGUCAAGAUGGAUUGUUGUGGACUACAAGAGUUUUCUGACCUCCCUGUACAUUUUUGGUUAUUGAAAAUAUAUGAACUGAAAUGAGGUGACCAUUUUAGCAACCAGGUAAUGGUGGAGUGUUUUCUACAUAUUGUGCCUUUUUUAAAGUGCCUUUUCAGACCUGCCCUUUGCUUUCCUCUGUCCCCAGAGACCUCACAAGGCCAGUGGAGAGGAGAUGACCAAGUACCACAGUGACGACUACAUCAAGUUCCUGCGUUCCAUCCGGCCAGACAACAUGUCAGAACACAGCAAGCAGAUGCAGAGAUGUGAGUAGCAGACAGUGUUUCCCCUAGCAUUGCUUAGGUGGGGCGCUCUGUGUAUUUUUUAAAGGGAUAGGUCACCAUACCAAGUUUUCCCCCCCCAUACGUUUUAAUAACUUGUUUCCCAUACGUUUUAAUAACUUGUUUGCCAUACGUUUUAAUAACUUGUUUGCCGUGUUUUCAUAUUGUCUAAUGUUGAGCUGACUUUAGACUAUACUCCACACUCACAUCUGUUGUGUAGGUACUGCUUUAUGCAUUGGAACAAAUCUGCAGGCCUCAAUCACACAUCUCAAAUGAAUGUCUUCUAUCCUUGCUGUUCUCCAACAGUCAAUGUAGGAGAGGACUGCCCAGUGUUUGACGGCUUGUUUGAAUUCUGUCAGCUCUCAACAGGAGGCUCUGUCGGUGAGUCUUCAUCUCCUGUUUCUCUUUUCUCACAGUUUAGUUUUGUCUUUCUGUCUGCUUUACUGACUUCUCUUGUCUAUCUACUUCUCUCUUACUCCCCAUUGGCCGUCUCUGUCCUCUCUGUCACGGUAUUGGCCGUCUCUGUCCUCUCUGUCACGGUAUUGGCCGUCUCUGUCCUCUCUCUCACGGUAUUGGCCGUCUCUGUCCUCUCUCUCACGGUAUUGGCCGUCUCUGUCCUCUCUCUCGCGGUAUUGGCCGUCUCUGUCCUCUCUCUCACGGUAUUGGCCGUCUCUGUCCUCUCUCUCACGGUAUUGGCCGUCUCUGUCCCCUCUCUCACGGUAUUGGCCGUCUCUGUCCCCUCUCUCACGGUAUUGGCCGUCUCUGUCCUCUCUCUCACGGUAUUGGCCGUCUCUGUCCUGUGUGUAGCGGGGGCAGUGAAGCUGAACAAGCAGCAGACGGACAUCGCCAUCAACUGGGCCGGAGGACUCCAUCACGCCAAGAAGUCCGAGGCCUCUGGGUUCUGCUACGUCAACGACAUAGUCCUCGCCAUCCUGGAACUGCUGAAGUAAGAGCCCAGUGUGUAUCACUUACCCACGCCGUCGUCUUGUCUGCGUCUUUCUCCUCCUCCUCGUAAUGUUGACGUGUCCUUGGCUAGUCACGGUGUGUUUCUUGUUGAAAUGAAUAGUCCCCAGGCUCUGAUGAGAAACCUAGAUAUGAGUGCGUUUUUAAUUGUAUUGUCUUUCCUAUCAGGUAAUAUGAAUAUCAUCUAGAUAUUGUAUGUAAUGAGUUGUCCGUCCAAUCAGGUACCACCAGAGGGUGUUGUACAUAGACAUCGACAUUCACCAUGGAGACGGAGUGGAAGAGGCGUUCUUCACCACAGACCGGGUCAUGACUGUCUCCUUCCACAAGUAUGGAGAAUACUUCCCUGGCACUGGAGACCUGAGGGUGAGUGUGGUGGUGGGGGGGGAUCUAAAUAGUCAGAAGUAAGCAACGUACAUUUCAGUGUGUUCCUGUGUGUAUGAUUACACUCCCCCUUCAGAGUGUUGGAUUGUCUACCUAUAUUUGAGUCAUUUCUGUAUUCCAGCAUGUACAAUAACGUGUUUGUUUUUAGGACAUUGGAGCAGGAAAGGGGAAGUACUAUGCUGUAAACUACCCUCUUAGAGACGGCAUCGAUGAUGAGUCUUAUGAAGCCAUCUUCAAACCUGUAAGUCUGCUGCUGCAAGUCAUUUAAUGUUUUGGUACCUUGCAUACCUUUGUGUGUCGCUUAUCAAUUUCUCUUUUAUUUUGUGUGUGUACUAGGUGAUGGCUAAAGUGAUGGAGAUGUUCCAGCCCAGUGCAGUGGUGUUGCAGUGUGGAGCGGACUCUCUCUCAGGAGACCGACUGGGCUGCUUCAACGUCACCAUCAAAGGUAACACACACACACACACACACACACACACAGCAUCAUACCUAACGGUACACACACACACACACAGCAUCAUACCUAACGGUACACACACACACACACACAGCAUCAUACCUAACGGUACACACACACACACGUUAAUUAUUCUGGACACACAUUUACUCAACAGUUUGGGUUUUCAGGUGGGAUACAGCAAAAAUAAUGGAAUAACUGUAGCGUAAAGCAUUUUACUCAUGAAUGGUGCUGCUGUUCCUGUGUUGGUCGUAUUCAUGUGUGGGCUUCUUUAUUAUUCUGUAAUUUAAGCUUACUUUUUGGUGUUCUGUCUGUUUACUAAGUGUGACGACACAUUUCCAUUCCACAAGAAUGGAGAAUAAAGUUUUUGAAUGUUGAAACCUUGACGUGCGUUUCAGGCCAUGCUAAGUGUGUGGAGUACAUGAAGAGUUUCAACCUGCCUCUGCUGAUGUUGGGAGGAGGAGGUUACACCAUCCGUAACGUGGCCCGCUGCUGGACCUACGAGACCGCCGUGGCUCUGGACUGCAUCAUACCUAACGGUACACACACACACACACACACACACAGCAUCAUACCUAACGGUACACACACACACACACACACCCACACACAGCAUCAUACCUAACGGUACACACACACAGCAUCAUACCUAACGGUACACACACACACACACACACACACAGCAUCAUACCUAACGGUACACACACACACACACACACCCACAGCAUCAUACCUAACGGUACACACACACACACACACACCCACACACAGCAUCAUACCUAACUGUACACACACACACACAGCAUCAUACCUAACUGUACACACACACACAGCAUCAUACCUAACGGUACACACACACACACACACACACACAGCAUCAUACCUAACGGUACACACACAGCAUCAUACCUAACGGUACACACACACACACACACACACCCACACACAGCAUCAUACCUAACGGUACACACACAGCAUCAUACCUAACGGUACACACACACACACACACACACCCACACACAGCAUCAUACCUAACUGUACACACACACACAGCAUCAUACCUAACGGUACACACACACACACACACACAGCAUCAUACCUAACGGUACACACACACACAGCAUCAUACCUAACGGUACACACACACCCACACACGCAUCAUACCUAACGUACACAAACGCAUCAUACCUAACGGUUACACACACUACCGUAAUCAACAUUAGAGUACGACCUCAUUCUGUUAGUCUCUCUGCUUCAAGUUUGACUUGAUAAUGAUGACUCUCUCUUGUCCUAUCAGAGCUGCCAUACAAUGAUUACUUUGAGUACUUUGGCCCUGACUUCAAACUCCACAUCAGCCCGUCUAACAUGACCAACCAGAACACCAAUGAUUACCUGGAGAAGAUCAAGUAAGUUACACAGACCGGCACGUGCUCUCUCACACACACACACACACACACACACCAGGGUUUCUGUUAGGAGAAUGUGGUGCCGGAUAUUUGACCAUAAGCAUUUGAAUGGACAUGGGAGAAAUGUACCGGACCCAUAUGCAUUGGGUGCGUCAUCUGAUUAGGUCGUCCACCCACUGUUCUCAGAAUGACAGAAAUCACAUUUUUAGAUGAUGGUUCUUCAUCUUGACAGGAUGCGACGGCUUUUACGUCCUUUUCUGAAUUCCGAUGCUCAUUUUGAAGACGUUAGAAUAACUGUCCACAUUCAGGCGACUUUUCCUCAGGCAACAAGACGAUCACUAGCCUAUGUCCAGCUACCAUCCCCCAUAGUAAAGUUGACCUACUCUAUUGGUCAGCUUGUCGUUCUGUGUGAGAAAGAAGUGGCCUAUUCCAAACAGACUCUGGGACAGUUGUGGGACGAUAAAUCAUCCAACCAGCAGGCCUCGGCUACAUGAACAAAACACUUUUUAAAGCAAUGAGUCUGAUGCAACUGAUCAGAACGUUUAGCUUAAUGUUGAUAAACUGUUAUUUCUUCACACUAUAAGCUCAGCAACAGGGCAGUAGGUUACGUGCGAAUGUUUGUUCCAUAUUGCAACUAGCGGGAAAACACUGUUGUCAGAAGCACACUGCACAUGCGAGAGGGUUUCAUGUGACUAGAGUUGCGCCUUUGGCUACCGGACAAUGAAAGAAAAGUUGAAACCAUUUAGAACAUGAGAGAAAUAGGCUACUGGAUUCAAUGGCAUAUGGAAGUCUUUAUAAAAUAAUUGCUUCCACGUAAAUUUUACUUUGACGCAAGGUAAGACGUGCCACAUAUGAAGAAAAACAUUUAGGUUUCAAACUAUUUUGUGCUUUGAAAAUGCAUACUGCCUCCAGCUGAUUUCACGGUGCUGUGAUUCGCUGAAGCCCACCUAUAUGCACUUGAACGGCCAAUGGGAAGCGCUUCAAUUACCAGUUGAGAAUGAAAAAUAGUAGCUCUUUUUUUUUUUUUUUAUCGUGUCCGUCAACUGUUGUUAACAUGCGAUUUGCAUUUAGAAUUGUUACACAAUGAUUGGGGUUCACUCCAGCAGCAACGAAUCAGCUGUUUGAGAAGCUGUAACAGCAGAAUUUUUCCACUCGUAGCUCUGUAUCCGUAAGCUGUGAUGAACACAACGACUAACACAUACACACCUGCCAAUUUUUAAUUCCAUGAAAAUAUGCAAAUGAACCUAUAGACCGAUGAGCGUGACUGGUCAAAUGUAUUUCAAUCGACUGGUAUUUCCAUCAAUGAAUAGGCUAAAAAGCAUUUUUGGUGGCGCCAGUUUUAAUUCUCAGCAUAUAUAUAUAUAUAUAUAUAUAUAUUUUUUUUAACCAACUCAAACCUUGACAAGCACACACACUAAGCGUCGCUCUCUCUCCCUCCCCAGACAGAGGUUGUUUGAGAACCUGCGCAUGCUGCCCCACGCCCCGGGGGUCCAGAUGCAGCCCAUCCCAGAAGACGCUCCACACCCGGACUCUGGCGAUGAAGAGGACGAGGACCCUGACAAACGAAUCUCCAGUAAGGACACACACACUAGCUCCUCCCAGAGUACUGUCACACACUAGCUCCUCCCAGAGUACUGUCACACACUAGCUCCUCCCAGAGUACUGUCACACACUAGCUCCUCCCAGAGUACUGUCACACACUAGCUCCUCCCAGAGUACUGUCACACACUAGCUCCUCCCAGAGUACUGUCACACACUAGCUCCUCCCAGAGUACUGUCACACACUAGCUCCUCCCAGAGUACUGUCACACACUAGCUCCUCCCAGAGUACUGUCACACACUAGCUCCUCCCAGAGUACUGUCACACACUAGCUCCUCCCAGAGUACUGUCACACACUAGCUCCUCCCAGAGUACUGUCACACACUAGCUCCUCCCAGAGUACUGUCACACACUAGCUCCUCCCAGAGUACUGUCACACACUAGCUCCUCCCAGAGUACUGUCACACACUAGCUCCUCCCAGAGUACUGUCACAUACUCUCUCACACCACUGUUAUGAAUCUCUUACUGAACUGGGUGAGUUUUCCUGUGUAGUCAGGGCCCAUGAUAAGAGGAUAGUGGUGAUGAUGGUAUUGUGUUUCAGUCAGGGCCCAUGAUAAGAGGAUAGUGAUGAUGGUAUUGUGUUUCAGUCAGGGCCCAUGAUAAGAGGAUAGUGAUGAUGGUAUUGUGUUUCAGUCAGGGCCCAUGAUAAGAGGAUAGUGAUGAUGGUAUUGUGUUUCAGUCAGGGCCCAUGAUAAGAGGAUAGUGAUGAUGAUGGUAUUGUGUUUCAGUCAGGGCCCAUGAUAAGAGGAUAGUGGUGAUGAUGGUAUUGUGUUUCAGUCAGGGCCCAUGAUAAGAGGAUAGUGGUGAUGGUAUUGUGUUUCAGUCAGGGCCCAUGAUAAGAGGAUAGUGAUGAUGAUGAUGGUAUUGUGUUUCAGUCAGGGCCCAUGAUAAGAGGAUAGUGGUGAUGAUGGUAUUGUGUUUCAGUCAGGGCCCAUGAUAAGAGGAUAGUGAUGAUGGUAUUGUGUUUCAGUCAGGGCCCAUGAUAAGAGGAUAGUGAUGAUGGUAUUGUGUUUCAGUCAGGGCCCAUGAUAAGAGGAUAGUGGUGAUGGUAUUGUGUUUCAGUCAGGGCCCAUGAUAAGAGGAUAGUGGUGAUGAUGGUAUUGUGUUUCAGUCAGGGCCCAUGAUAAGAGGAUAGUGGUGAUGGUAUUGUGUUUCAGUCAGGGCCCAUGAUAAGAGGAUAGUGAUGAUGGUAUUGUGUUUCAGUCAGGGCCCAUGAUAAGAGGAUAGUGGUGAUGAUGGUAUUGUGUUUCAGUCAGGGCCCAUGAUAAGAGGAUAGUGGUGAUGAUGGUAUUGUGUUUCAGUCAGGGCCCAUGAUAAGAGGAUGGUGAUGAUGGUAUUGUGUUUCAGUCAGGGCCCAUGAUAAGAGGAUAGUGGUGAUGAUGGUAUUGUGUUUCAGUCAGGGCCCAUGAUAAGAGGAUAGUGAUGAUGAUGGUAUUGUGUUUCAGUCAGGGCCCAUGAUAAGAGGAUAGUGAUGAUGGUAUUGUGUUUCAGUCAGGGCCCAUGAUAAGAGGAUAGUGGUGAUGAUGGUAUUGUGUUUCAGUCAGGGCCCAUGAUAAGAGGAUAGUGGUGAUGAUGGUAUUGUGUUUCAGUCAGGGCCCAUGAUAAGAGGAUAGUGAUGAUGAUGGUAUUGUGUUUCAGUCAGGGCCCAUGAUAAGAGGAUAGUGAUGAUGGUAUUGUGUUUCAGUCAGGGCCCAUGAUAAGAGGAUAGUGAUGAUGGUAUUGUGUUUCAGUCAGGGCCCAUGAUAAGAGGAUAGUGGUGAUGAUGGUAUUGUGUUUCAGUCAGGGCCCAUGAUAAGAGGAUAGUGGUGAUGAUGGUAUUGUGUUUCAGUCAGGGCCCAUGAUAAGAGGAUAGUGAUGAUGGUAUUGUGUUUCAGUCAGGGCCCAUGAUAAGAGGAUAGUGGUGAUGAUGGUAUUGUGUUUCAGUCAGGGCCCAUGAUAAGAGGAUGGUGAUGAUGGUAUUGUGUUUCAGUCAGGGCCCAUGAUAAGAGGAUGGUGAUGAUGGUAUUGUGUUUCAGUCAGGGCCCAUGAUAAGAGGAUAGUGGUGAUGAUGGUAUUGUGUUUCAGUCAGGGCCCAUGAUAAGAGGAUAGCCUGUGAAGAGGAGUUCUCUGACUCUGAGGAUGAGGGACAGGGAGGAGGAGGAAGGCGCAACGCUGCCAACCACAAGAAGACCAAACGAGUGAAGACUGAGGAGAAGGAGAAGGAGGCAGAGGAGAAGGGUAAAGGAAAUUACUUACCCCAUGACUGGCCACGGACACUCCACAUAACACCUCAGUGACUGGCCACGGACACUCCACAUAACACCUCAGUGACUGGCCACGGACACUCCACAUAACACCUCAGUGACUGGCCAAGGACACUCGACCAUAACACCUCAGUGACUGUCCACGGACACCCGACCAUAACACCUCAGUGACUGGCCAAGGACACUCGACCAUAACACCUCAGUGACUGGCCACGGACACUCCACAUAACACCUCAGUGACUGGCCAAGGACACUCGACCAUAACACCUCAGUGACUGGCCAAGGACACUCGACCAUAACACCUCAGUGACUGGCCAAGGACACUCGACCAUAACACCUCAGUGACUGGCCAAGGACACUCGACCAUAACACCUCAGUGACUGGCCACGGACACUCCACAUAACACCUCAGUGACUGGCCACGGACACUCCACAUAACACCUCAGUGACUUGCCACGGACACUCGACCAUAACACCUCAGUGACUGGCCACGGACACUCGACCAUAACACCUCAGUGACUGGCCAAGGACACUCGACCAUAACACCUCAGUGACUGGCCACGGACACUCCACAUAACACCUCAGUGACUGGCCACGGACACUCGACCAUAACACCUCAGUGACUGGCCAAGGACACUCGACCAUAACACCUCAGUGACUGGCCACGGACACUCCACAUAACACCUCAGUGACUGGCCAAGGACACUCGACCAUAACACCUCAGUGACUGGCCACGGACACUCCACAUAACACCUCAGUGACUGGCCAGGGACACUCCACAUAACACCUCAGUGACUGGCCAGGGACACUCCACAUAACACCUCAGUGACUGGCCACGGACACUCGACCAUAACACCUCAGUGACUGGCCAAGGACACUCGACCAUAACACCUCAGUGACUGGCCACGGACACUCCACAUAACACCUCAGUGACUGGCCAAGGACACUCGACCAUAACACCUCAGUGACUGGCCAAGGACACUCGACCAUAACACCUCAGUGACUGGCCACGGACACUCCACAUAACACCUCAGUGACUGGCCACGGACACUCGACCAUAACACCUCAGUGACUGGCCAAGGACACUCGACCAUAACACCUCAGUGACUGGCCACGGACACUCCACAUAACACCUCAGUGACUGGCCACGGACACUCGACCAUAACACCUCAGUGACUGGCCACGGACACUCCACAUAACACCUCAGUGACUGGCCACGGACACUCGACCAUAACACCUCAGUGACUGGCCAAGGACACUCCACAUAACACCUCAGUGACUGGCCACGGACACUCGACCAUAACACCUCAGUGACUGGCCAAGGACACUCCACAUAACACCUCAGUGACUGGCCAAGGACACUCCACAUAACACCUCAGUGACUGGCCAGGGACACUCCACAUAACACCUCAGUGACUGGCCAAGGACACUCCACAUAACACCUCAGUGACUGGCCAAGGACACUCCACAUAACACCUCAGUGACUGGCCAAGGACACUCCACAUAACACCUCAGUGACUGGCCAAGGACACUCCACAUAACACCUCAGUGACUGGCCAGGGACACUCCACAUAACACCUCAGUGACUGGCCAAGGACACUCCACAUAACACCUCAGUGACUGGCCAAGGACACUCCACAUAACACCUCAGUGACUGGCCAAGGACACUCGGCCAUAACACCUCAGUGACUGGCCAAGGACACUCCACAUAACACCUCAGUGACUGGCCAGGGACACUCCACAUAACACCUCAGUGACUGACCACGGACACUCGACCAUAACACCUCAGUGACUGGCCACGGACACUCGACCAUAACACCUCAGUGACUGGCCAAGGACACUCCACAUAACACCUCAGUGACUGGCCACGGACACUCGACCAUAACACCUCAGUGACUGGCCACGGACACUCCACAUAACACCUCAGUGACUGGCCAGGGACACUCCACAUAACACCUCAGUGACUGGCCACGGACACUCCACAUAACACCUCAGUGACUGGCCACGGACACUCGACCAUAACACCUCAGUGACUGUCCACGGACACCCGACCAUAACACCUCAGUGACUGGCCACGGACACUCGACCAUAACACCUCAGUGACUGUCCACGGACACCCGACCAUAACACCUCACCUACAUUUUUCUGUUUUCCCCAGACGUGAAAGAGGAGAAGGAUCCAGAGGAGAAGAUGGACACAACAGGGUGA